AUGAAUUACAGCCCGAAUCAUUUUAGUACAGUCAAAGCGAUUCUACCACUACAGUAUGAGCAACCAUGCUUUAAUAUUCUUGCACUCAAGUGCGCUCUGAGGACGAUCGCUUAUGCGGACUGUUCCCAGUUCAUGGAGGUUUGUCAAGAUCUGCUGGACAUCAGGAAACUUCCACAAUUCGUCACUUUCAAAACAACAGGCGGUUAUGAAAUCGAUUACGUGAACAAACCGUCCUAUCACGACGUCAGUGCUUUUAUCAAGGAGUCACUUGCUUCACCGUUGCAUGUUCUUAGCGUCGAGGAGUAUGAUUCAGCGUUGAGAAGCGGAGAGUUAUGGAUCAUAGACUACUUCGCACCGGUAGGUAAUUAG